AAAAAUAAAUCGUAUGGACUACCAUCCCGAAUCCCAUGACACAACUGUCAAACAGCAAAAUAAUACUCAUAAAACGACUGCCUAGUUUGUUUUUGAACUCAUCAUCUGCGCUUCAGUUUAUUAUCACAUCAUUCAAGAGUCCAGUCAGUGACUCCAGUGACCGCCCGGCAUUUGAAGGAACCAUUCAAUCUGCUAGUUGAUCGAAACUACUGUAACAUUAAGGUCCUGAUUCUGAUCCUUGCCAUCAAGGUGAGUUCAAAUCAAACGGACAUCUGGCUUGAAUCCACACUUAUUUGGAAUCUACACUUACACAUGUGCUCGGCAGCCAUUCAUUAAUUUCUUUAUAAAGCUCAUUCGGUCCUUAAUCAUGAAAUGGGAAACUUAUUCGAGUUUAAAAUUGUGCAUUUUGUUCUUCCCGAAGCGUCAUACUGGGAGUCGAUAAAGUUUUGAAUGACAGCAUAAUUUGACCAAUAGAAACGCAAUUUUCUGGCAACGCUUGUGGAAACGUCACAUUUACGGGCCAAUGAGUUUGGUUUAUUUGGCGAGUCGGGGCGGGGCCAUAACAUCCAAGUCGGAGGUAACAGGUUGCAGACGCCGCAGAGAUGAACUUGUUGCUACGAAAAUUCAAGUGCGAAUAGCUUCUCUUUCAACGAAUUUUGGACUUUUAAUGGAUAUUUGUCUACUUGCCUAAGAUAAAGUCGUCGGGAAGCGAGCGAAAACGAAGCGCGAAGAAGUGUGAGCAUGGCUGCACCGUCCUCGGGCCAGAAGACACCAGUCGACCAUGGCGUCCAGAUCCGCUUCAUCAACGAUCUCUCAGACACUAGCGGGGCCAGACCUUGGUCCCAGCCCAAGACUAAGCCCAAACCCAAGACCCACAGUAGCUCAAAGUAUGGUGUGGCUGUUCGAGUGCAGGGUAUUGCUGGUCAGCCGUAUGUGGUUUUGAAAGAUGGCCAGAAGGGAGACUCUUACGGGGUCCAACUGAGGACUCACAACCCACCUGGCUAUAACAGCCUUCCUCGAAGGAGGGAAAAGGCUGAACCUGGAACUCAGGGGAUUGAUUAUGGAGUAGCACAGGGAGGGACGCUGCGUCGGGCUCACUCUCAUGGGUCAUUACUAGAUCAUGAAGGGGAAGCGGGGGACGAGGAGUUCCAACUAUCUAGGCCACCAGGGGAUGGGAAGUCUGGCAGCUAUGGAAACCUGGAUGGAGGGAUCGGUGUACGAGAGGACAGAGGUGCUAGGAAUGUCUGGGAUGGGUCCUACCGGCCUAACGGGUCACUUGCAUCAGCAAGGAGCUAUGAGUCCUUGAGUGACCUUCACCCGCCUCAGAGACAGACCCCAGUGAACAGACUGAUUAACAGGUUUGAUGGUGGGAGUCAGCCAAGAGAGCCCUCUCCAGGUAACCUUGAGUCAACAUCACCCUCUCCCCACCGCUACACAUCGCCCCCGUCCUCCACUCACAGCAGCCUGGGUCGCAGCCAGCACAGUGUUUCCAGUCACUCCAUUAACUCUCCCGGAAGGUACGCUGCUGUGGAGACCACGGAAGCUAAAGUGACACCUGACCUUUUGCUGGACCAGGGGCCGACUGGAGAAAUGAGCAGCGAGGAGGAGCAGAUGAUCCAGACAAUAUACAGUGUCCUCAGAGAAGGGAACAGCGAGAGUGACGCCGUCAUCAAGCACAGAGUUAAAGUUAUCAUUCAGAGGAUUCAGAAACUCAAGCAGAAAGAAGACAGCACAGCGGGAUGGCUGCGUGAGAAGAGGGAACUGGAACGAAAGGUGUCAGAGCUUCAGGUGGCGCUGCAAAAUGAGAGGAGGGCUUCUGGCGGUGGUUCGGAUCCUAUUCUGAAAGCUGAGCUGGAGUCCAGCCUGGACGAGAACGUGCAGCUCCAGGAAAUUCUGGACCGGAAGAAGAAAGAAUUAAAUGAAACGCAAUCUGAUUUGACUCAGCUGCGAAUGGACCGGGAGAAUGCAGAGGUGCGGGUCAGGCAGUUGGAGGACCAGCUGGCAGAGCUUCAGGAGGAACUCAGGAGGGAGAGUGGCAGUAAAACGGACCUGAUGUCACUGCAGACACACCUGAUGGAGGUGUGCCAACUGAAACAGAAGCAGGAGGAGACGCUGAGACAGAGAGAACGGGAGCUGACAGCUCUAAAAGGAGCUCUGAAAGAGGAGGUGGCCUCGCAUGACAAAGAGCUAGAGGUGCUGAGGGAGCAGUACAGAGUAGACAUGGAAAAGCUCCGCGGCAGCAUGGAGCAGGUGUCCCAGUCUCAUGCUGGGAUCGAGGCCGAGCGUCUGCGGGUCAACGCGUCAGUGCGUACUCUGCAGCAGCAGCUGGAGGAUUGUAGAGAUGAAAGCAGCCACUGGAUGGAGCAGUUCCACUCCACCAGAGACGAGUUACGGAAAACGAAGCAAGAACUCCUGCAAACUCGUCUGGAGAAAGAGGAGUCUGAAGAGGAGCUCAAGGAGAUGAGGGAGAAAAUGAGCUCAAUGAAACAACAGAUUCCAGAUCCAAGUAUCUCCCAGACUGUCAACCAGGAACUCCAACGGUCCUCAGCGGAUCUGCAGAAGACUCGGUCGGAUUUGGAAAAGCAGAGGACAGAGUUCGACAAAAAGGUCAUGGAAAUCAUUGCCUUAAAGAAAGCUCAUCAGAACCAGGAGGCGGAGCUGAAGUAUGAGAUUGACAGGUUAAAGGAACAGUUACAGAGGAUGAAGGACGACUUUGCCAAGGCUCAGGAUAAAAACAAAAAGCUCCCGGACCCGACUGUCAUCUCAGAGUUGGAGCUGAAGCUGCGUGACGCGAGCAGUGAAGCCAGUCAGCUAAAAGAGAAGCUUGUCACGGCUGAGGAAGAACUAAACGCCAGUAAGUCACGACUCAGCAGAUCACAGCUGGACAUCAAAUCUCUGGAAGAUGACCAGCAGGAGCAGAUGGAGCUCAACGCUCGUCUGAAGGAGAAACUCUCACGGUUAGAGGCUCAGCUGCAGACCAGCGCUACAGAGAGCUCUGAGUUAGAGCUAGCGCUCCAUUCUGAGGUGAGAGGGGUGAGAAAUGAACUGGAGGAGCUCAAGAGGAAAGACGCAAAGCUGAAGCAGGAGCACCGAGAACUCACCCUGCGCUUUGAGGACUCUGAGAAGGAACGGGAGAACCUGAGACUGAAAAUCCAGAAAUUGGAGGAGUUGAAACAACAACAGGAACACACGUUGACCAAACUCAGCAAAGAUUAUGAAUCUCUUUCAGCGUCCUCACAGGAGGAGGUGCGGGCUCUCAAGGCUCACCUGGAGGAGCAAAGAGACAAGGCACGCAAAGAGAUCCAGGAGGCUCAACGUCUGGGAAGUGAGGCCCAGACACAACUGGACAGGAAUCAUUUAAAUUCAAAGCGACUGGAGGAAGAAAUGUCACGACACAAGAAGGAGCUUCUGCUGGUGUGUGAGGAGAGAGACAACCACCAGCUUGACAAGGAGCUGCUCAGCAACCGUUUGCGCCACCUAGAGGCGGAGAUGGAGACUGUGAGAAACGGCCAGAAUGACAAGAACAGAGAGAUUCGCAUCCUGGAGGACAAGCUGAAGAGGAUGGUGCUGGAGCUGGAGGAGGAGAAGAGCAGCGUGGAGAUGAUGACCGACAGAGUGAACCGAAGUCGAGACCAAAUCGAUCAGCUGCGCUCUGAGCUCAUGCAGGAGAGGUCGUCCAAACAGGAUCUGGAGCUGGAUAAGAGCUCCAUGGAGCGACAGCUGAAGGAGCUGAGGAGUCGGGUGUCCGACAUGGAGGGGCACUCUCGUUCCUCCACUGGAGUAUCACAGCUGGAGAGCAAAAUCCAAGAGCUGGAGGAAAGUCUGCGCAGUGAGGAGAGAGAAAAGAACUCGUUGUUGGCCUCACAGCGUCGUACAGAGAGAAAAUUGAAAGAGCUGAACAUCUUGCUGGAUGAGGAAAGACAAACCCACAUAGAGCAGAGAGACCAGCUCGCUCUGAGAGUGAAGGCUCUGAAGAGGCAGGUGGAUGAGGGUGAGACAGAGCUGGAGAGGAUCGAAGCGCUGAGGAGGAAGGCUCAAAGGGACAUGGAGGAGCAGCUGGAGCUCAAAGAAGCUCUGCAGAGUCGAGUCACAGCCCUGGAGACUGAGCUCAAGAGGAAAACUCAGGUGUCAAUGCGCCCAACGCUGGACUCUUCUGCUCUCAGUUCGGACGACGACAGUCUGUUCGACCCGUCGACCAUCACCUCCAUCCUGACGGAGAGCAACCUGCAGGCCAGCUCGUGUUGAAUCACGACUUUCAACCCUCUGAUGGAGGUCAUGUAGCACAGCCGAGGACAGGACAGCGGAGUAGCAGAUCUGUGGAAGCACCAGGCUGGUAGAAUGAGUUUCACAGACUGGUGGGCGAUGACAUUCCACUGUAGGGUGAAUAGAAGGAAGCUAAACUUCCUGAGUAAUUCAAGGCAGUUUCCGUAUCGCUGCAGUGUUCACUGUUUGUGAAGCAGACAAAAGGAUCGCUAUGAAAAAUACCUCUUAAAUGUUGAAAAUAAUGUAUCAACCAUCACACAGAUCACAAGUUUUAAUGACUGAAUGGUAGCAUGACUUAAGACACCAACUUUUUACACAAAUGUUAUUCUUAUGAUAUAUUCAUUAUUAACUAUAAUAAUAUCAUAGUUUUCCUUGACAUGUCAUCAUCUGUUUGUGUUUUUUUAAGCGUUUUAAUUUGAAAUGGAGGAGCGUUCAGAAAGAGUUGCUUAUUCAUUUGCCUUGUUUUCCAUAAUGAGUUGUAAGGACAUGAGAUGUAACGACUGUUUUGUCGUCUGUAACCGGUGUUCAACAUGGCCCAUGUGGAUGGAGGAAGCGUCUUCUCAGUAGCAUUUCUUCUCUUUUUUAUUAAUAAUAAUAAUAAUAUUAAUGGCAAUAAUAAUAAUGUUGAACUGAAAACAGGUUUCUGUUGUCACCCUGGAAGACAGAACCUUCCAGCUCCAGAUGUUUUUUGGACCAGUCAUCUUCUAAAACCUAAGGGAGAACUCGAACAUGGGCCUUCCUGCCUUAACAUUGCAGCACCAUCUUCUGCCCCACCUUGCCACCUCUGCAUGUUGAGCUGCCUGUCCUCAUGUGUGUAAUGCACUGGUGACCAAGCCAGGCUGUCCCCAGACUCUUCUAUGGGACAGGCAAGUCGGGCAUCUUGGACUAUAUCCAGCAUUGUUUAAACAGAGAGCACAGACCUCCACCAGCUCCACUUAUACACCCAUGUUUGGAUUUGCUUCACUCAAUAUUGCUGCCCUUUCUUUAUAAAAUUUCUUUUUUUUUUUUUAAAGAAUCAUUGAUUGCAGUGAGCUUAAUGGGACACUAGGUGGCCUUAGUUUUCUACAACCCGCUCACAACACACAGCAGCACAGAGGGUGAGGAAUCCUUCAAAAGGUUCACUGAUUCAAAUGGUAUUCCAGAACACUGACCAAAGUUUAUCAAGAGCUCCUGCUGUGCUCCUGCUCCUAAAUCAUCUGUGUAGCAUGUGUUUGUUUCUGAUGGCCCCCUCUGUCGAAGUACCUGGAACACUUCACAGUUGAGGACUGUUUUACUUGCUUGAUCUUAAAGAUGGAGAGGUCAGACAGGAGCUCCAGAACUGCUUGUUCUUUCAAAGCUCUGCCAUGACAGGAGGGAAGGGCCUAACACUGAGCGCUCUAUCAUUCCUGAUCAGGCUGUGAAAGGGAAAAAAACAGUCAGAAAUAUACAAGUGUCUUGUUUUUUAACUCGUGACAAAAUGCUCUUUAAUCAUUUCUAACUAAUACUGUGUUCACGUUCCUCAAUAGGAUCAUUUUAGCCGAGUGUUUAGUUAUAUUUUUAAUGUCCUUUUGUAGACCAUUUUUAUACUUGAUUUCUUUUUUAGAAUCACUAUUAUGUUUGCCUGCAGACACUGCACUUCUUCUAUGCAUUCUCUUUGAUAAGGUCACGAAGACACGUGUUGUUUGAUGAGGAAUUCUUGGUGAAAUUGAAAUUAUUGUGUUUUGGUGCAAUGUAAAGUUCAUUGGUGUCCCACCUGAUAGUUCAAUAGAACGAUGCUGUAAAUCCCUUCUGCUAAGAUAUUCACUAUGAUGAAACUGGUGCAUUUAUUUUGUAUCUCUUUUUUAUUAUUUCACUUAAAAAAAUAUCCAAGCAGCAUGUUUAAUUGUAAUUAAAAAUCCAUAUGAAAAAAUAUUUGUUGCAAUGUUUUUUAACCGACUGUACAUAUAUUAUGGAAACACAAGUCUUAUUAAACAUAACAAACAAAAUAUAUAGUUUAUGUGGCCAGGAAUGAGUAAUAAACGUGUCGGAAACUUGUUAGCUUACAUUGCUAGGUACACCUAUGUGUAACUGGGUGCUACUACUAACAAUAAUACAGUUUUGCUUUCAGAAAGUUGACCUUCAUUUUGGGCUUAGCUUAGUCAUGCUGGCUUUAAUGGCUUGAAUCUGAAUAGCUAGCAAGUGAUGACUUAUUUUGAGAGUGCAAGUGGAGCUAAUGGAGGUUUGCUGUAUGUUGAUGAUCUGUCUGUAGAUGCCAAGUCUUCCACGGAAAUCGUCUCAAACUCUUAUCUAAAUACCUGAGAAGCAGCAGAGUUUACACGCAGGACGCUAAUCUGUUUCCACAGAAUCACAUCUCUCAUCACAUCUGACAAACACUGGGCAGGAAGAUCGAGGUUCCUGGUUAACAAGUAUUUAGUCUGAAGUUUAAGGAGUGCCUGGAUAAUCACACGAUACUCACUGCGCCGGUUUGUUGGGACUCCAACAUUUGUGAUGACAAUGGACGCGCCAAAGCUGGUUUGAGGGCAAAUAUUGAAGCGAGGGAAUGAAAUGUGUGUGCAAACUAGCAUGCGUGUGUUUUUGAGCCUCAGGGAAGUGUCACCAGAAUAAAAACACUAAAAUAGAUUAACCAAAAUUCUUUUCUUCUAUUCAGCACUAGAUUGUGUUGCUUGGAAUUAAUUUCAUUUAACAUAAAAAGUGAUACUGCUAUAUUUAAAUAAAAAACCAUGUGUACUAUUUUAAACAUAGGAUUUGUAUGGACGGACAGGAGCACCGUAAAAAUAAAUUUUCAUUUUUUAUUUCAAUACAUUUUUUUUUACCUAGUUCUUAUAAAAUUAUUAUCCGAAAACCAGAUACAU